AUGCCCAAGAAGAGGAAGGCAGCUUCGCAGGCAGUUCCAGAGGAGGAGGAAGAAGACGAUUGCCAAGAAGAAGCAGAAGACGAGGAUGAGGAGGAGAUCGUAGAUGCCGAGGCUGAGGAGAACGAGGACGAGGAGGAGGAUGAAGGCCCGAAGAUGGUCUGGAGGCCGGGCGUCGAUACAAUUGAGGAGGGGGAGCAGCUUGAUGUGGAGCCCGGCACUUACGACAUGCUCCACCGCGCGCAAGUCGAGUGGCCUUGUCUUUCCUUGGAUGUUGUUCGGGAUGACCUCGGAGCCCAGCGCACUUCUUUCCCCAUGACUGCGUACGUCGUGGCCGGGUCACAGGCAUCGAAAACAGAGGACAACCGGCUCUACAUGAUGAAAUGGCACAAGCUGUACAAAACCUCGAAGGACGGCAAGGAGGAUGAUGACGACGAGAGUGAGGAAGAGGAGGACAGUGACGAUGAGCACGAGGCGGCACUGGAGUCAAAGACAACUCCACAUCCUGGCGGCGUUAAUCGGGUGCGCUCCAUGCCGCAAGCCGGUCACAUCGUGGCGACCUGGGCCGAUACUGGCAAGGUGCACAUGUGGAACCUAGAAGCUCAUCGAAAAGCUCUUGACAAGAGUGGGGACAGGGUGCCUCCGCAGGCCAAGCCCAUCUUUACGAGCGAGGCCCACAAAGAUGAGGGUUUCGCCAUGGAUUUCAGCCCGCACGACACCGGGCUGUUCCUUUCUGGAGGCAACGAUGCCCUGAUCAUGCUUGCGGAGCCUGUGCCAGGAGGCUGGAAGGUGAACUCGGAGCCAUUCAAGAUGCACAAAUCCUCGGUCGAGGACGUCCAGCGCCUUGGCGUAGCUUUCUUCGAGCCAUGGCUUUAUUCAUAA